UGACGAGGGAUGGACCGAAUCUUGGGCCAAGGGUGGAACUGACGGGAGGAAGGAGAUAGAGGAUCAGCCCCCUGACUACGGCUCUUUUCCAACACACCAGCAGAGAUGGGCUCCCUCGGAAGCCUUCUCUUUGCAGCUGUCAGCCCGCCCAUCCCAGACAAGAGCAGACAACCUCUGCCAAGAGGGCUGGGCAAAGUCUCCAGCACUUGAACCACUGGACCAGCCUUGGAGGAUCAGUGCUGCUUCCCUCGGGGGACAGACCCAGAUCCUGGGCUCCCUCACUACAACUCCGGUCAUUGCCAACGCCAUUCCCAGCAUGCCGGGGAUCAGCAGCCAGAUCCUCACGAACGCUCAGGGACAGGUUAUUGGAACACUUCCGUGGGUAGUGAACUCGGCUAGCGUGGCAGCCCCAGCACCAGCCCAAAGCCUGCAGGUCCAGGCCGUGACCCCCCAGCUGCUGUUGAAUGCCCAGGGCCAGGUGAUCGCGACCCUAGCCAGCAGCCCCCUGCCUCCACCAGUGGCUGUCCGGAAGCCAAGCACGCCUGAGUCCCCUGCUAAGAGUGAGGUGCAGCCCAUCCAACCCACGCCAGUCGUGCCCCAGCCUGCUGUGGUCAUCACCAGCCCAGUCCCAGCAGCCAAGCCAUCUGCCUCUGCUCCCAUCCCAAUUACCUGCUCAGAAACACCCACUGUCAGCCAGUUGGUGUCCAAGCCACAUACCCCAAGCCUGGAUGAGGACGGGAUCAACUUAGAAGAGAUCCGGGAGUUUGCCAAGAACUUUAAGAUCCGGAGGCUAUCCCUGGGCCUCACACAGACCCAGGUGGGUCAGGCUCUGACUGCGACAGAAGGCCCAGCCUACAGCCAGUCAGCCAUCUGCCGGUUCGAGAAGCUGGACAUCACACCCAAGAGUGCCCAGAAGCUGAAGCCGGUGCUGGAGAAGUGGCUGAAUGAAGCCGAGCUCCGGAACCAGGAAGGCCAGCAGAACCUGAUGGAGUUUGUGGGAGGUGAGCCCUCUAAGAAACGCAAACGCCGCACCUCCUUCACCCCCCAGGCCAUAGAGGCUCUCAAUGCCUACUUCGAGAAGAACCCACUGCCCACCGGCCAGGAAAUCACUGAGAUUGCUAAGGAGCUCAACUAUGACCGGGAGGUCGUGCGGGUCUGGUUCUGCAAUCGGCGCCAGACGCUCAAGAACACCAGCAAGCUGAACGUCUUUCAGAUCCCUUAGGGCUCCGCCCCCAGCCCUGUGUUCCAGCACUUUGUACUUGUCCCUUGGCACCUGUCUGCACCCAAAGCUGUGACAGCACCUGUCGUUCUGCCACAUGCAGCUGUGCUUGUCCUGGGUCUUGAGGCUGUGCUGUGUGCAUGUGCGUCAGCUGCCUCCCUCCCUCCCCCACAUAUCGCACAUGAUGGGGAGGGCAGAGGGGCCCAUCGAGAGUGCCAGGCUCGGGGCAGGUCAUGCCAAGAAAGGGGAUUUGUGGUGUCACUUAAAGAAGCACUUUGCUAACAUGUUUUUUGAAGGGUGAAUUCUGGUUGGGAACCAGAAACUCCCCAUCUUUGGGGCAGGGCUGCAGCAGCCCCUAAGGACUGGCCAUUACCUCUUGUUUGCAAUGGCAUUCUCUCCACCCUCUGCUCUCCUUUGCUCCUCUGUGUGAGUGUGGCAGCUAUGGCAGUCUCGUCCAGUAGAACCGCAGCCUCACCCCACUUUGCCGACAGGCACACUGUCCCCUGAAAGGACCCAAGAGACAUAAUUCCAAAAAGUGUGAUGUGCUGCUCAGAAGGCCAGACUCAGUGUCUGCCUUGACCUCAAGGUCAGAAGGCUCCACAGCCCUGGGGCCAGAACAUGUCAUCUCCUCUCUCAUCUCUCCCUGGUUCCUUUGGGGGGAAAUUGCACUAAAGCAGAAACUUUUCUUUUGUAAUCCAUGUUGGAAGGAAGCAACAGUGAACUCUAGCUGUCUUGGAGUUGACCUUGGGUCUAUGGCAGGUUGGGAACUUAGUAAAUAAGGCCAUCCCCCCAGAUUUCAGUUUAAUCUCUGUCCGUGACCGUAUCCUCCCAAGACAGUGUGGGUUAAGAGAAUUUGCAGCCUGGAUAAUCCCACUGCCCAAGUAAGCAGGCACUUUGGAGAAAAAUGAGGAAAGGGAUCUUGACUCCCUUGUCAUCACACUCUCCCCCAACCCUGGACUGGGGCCUUCUCAAAAGGGGCAAAUUAAACAAUAAACCAGACAGCAAGGCCCUGGGUGAAAGGCCAACACCCAGAAACAGCUGAUGGCAGCCCACGAAGAUCUCUUGCAGAAGAUGACUUAACUCUAAUUUUCUCUGUAACUUUGAGCCUUGGAUACUGGAGGAGAAAUCUUAUUUCGCCCAGAGUCUUAGGCCCUGUGUUGCUUGUGAAAGCAGCCCACCCAUUCCCGACCCACCAGUGCUCCACUGAUCCAAGAAUACUCCUAGAGCAGGACGAUUUUUGCCUCUAGAGAGGGUAACUAUGGCACGUUGGGGAUUGGCAUCUCAUCCAAGCUGCUAAGUGAGUUUCCCAGUCUCCCUGUGGCUGGACAACCCCUGGAACUCAGCAUGUGACUAUGGAGUCUGGAGAGCUCUAAGAGGUUUGCUUAGGUGAGCCCAGCCUUGCUGUGUAGACCAGCCCUAAAAGGCCACAAGUCACAGCAGUCAGCCACCUCCUCUCUAAUGCUCUUGCCCUUACAGAGCCAGGUCUCUAGCAGCUGCCCUCCAUCGCACCUCACAUGAUACACUCUGAGGAAGUGACGGCCACACUAGGGCACAUCACUGCCUUUGCUGGUCACCAGUGCAGCCACCUCCUAGCCUCUCUUCCUCUGGCAUGCUGUCUCUUUUCCUGCCUACAGCUGGUCCCUCCCAGGCCUUACAGUGCCAGCGUGACCACCCUCUUGGUAGCCCUGCCAGUUAGAGGAAAAUUGUGUGUCAAAUUGCCAUACACACACUCCCGCCCCACUGCAUUGUGACCAACUAAACCUGCCAGAGUGUGGUGGGAGUGAGGAAGCAGGUGGGCACCUUGCCUGCCCCAACCUCCCAGGAGAGAAUGUCUCUAAGGGGGAGACUCAAUACUCAAGUUCAGGGUUAUCAGCCUGUCUCAAUGAGAUGAACUGCUCACUAGGGAGAGGCAUCGUAAACAAAUUUUCAGUAAUAAAGUACCAGAGUUUAUUAAGGAUUCAGUGAUUUACACUUCAAUAAAUUAGAGAAAUUCAAAUUUUCACCCUCAACACUUGCAUUCAG